CCACCACACAACCGCACCUCAUGUCGCUCGGAAAGUGCUGCAUCUCUGGCUUCAAGCACGACGGCACCCCUGCCGGCAAGAUCGAGCAGGUCGGCGGCGUCCGCACUUACGUGACCCUGCCGCAGGGCGACUAUGACCACGAGAAGGCGCUCCUCUUCCUCACCGACAUCUACGGCGUCGACACGCUUCCGAACGGCCAGCUCCUUGCCGACUCGUACGCCGCCAACGGCUACGCCACGUUCAUGCCCGACUACCUCAACGGCGACGCGGUCCCGUUCGCGGCGAUGGAGUCGGGCAAGUUUGACUUGAUGGCGUGGCUCGGCAAGCACGGGCAGGACGUGACGCGCCCGUUCAUCGACAAGGUCAUCGCCGAUCUCAAGAGCAAGGGCUUCAAGCGCUUUGCCGCCGUCGGCUUCUGCUUCGGCGGGCGCUACGUCGCCGACCUCGUCCUCGACGACGCCAUCGACGUCGCCAUGGUGGCGCACCCGUCGCUCCUCAAGGUGCCCGAGGACAUCCAGAACCUGGCCAAGAAGCAGACGCCGUUCCUGUGGAACCACGCGACCGAGGACGUCAUGUUCAACAAGGAGCAGCAGAAGAUCGCGACCGAGAUCCUCAAGGACAACGACAACCACCGCGAGCACCACUGGGAGGGCGCGUCGCACGGCUUUGCGAUCCGCGGCGACCCGAGCGACCCGCAGACGCGCCAGCUGGCCGACGGCGCCUUUGAGGAGUCGGUCAAGUUCCUCCAGGCCAAGCUCUGAGUGAGCACGGCCCGCCCCACCCCGAAUAUUCAUGACGAGCGCGUAGAUAACUUAGUGGAGGAGGACGCAACGAGCAAAGAGUGCUGCAGUACC